ACUUUUAAGCUCCAUCAACGACUCGGCAAGGGAGCUCAGGGCUCUGUAUUUUUAGCCGAAAACAAGCUGGACAAGAAAAUGUAUGUCCUGAAAAAGGUGAGCUCACUGAACUGACUUAAACUUUUUAAUUGAUGACUUUUUUAUGGAAAAGCUUGUUGAGAAAUGAAGCAAAUUACAGUACUUAUCGUCUAUUAGUUUAACAGUGUGUGUGUGUGUUUGUGUGUGUGUGGAGAAGAAACUUCGAACCGUGCCCAACGGCCACUGUUCAGAGCAGCUGUCUAUUCAGUUAGAGAACCAUUCGUCGAAUGUCAAGAGGCUGCAUUCCACGGUCGUUUGUUUUGGUGUUGAGUUAAUAUUCUUAGCAACCAGAUUUGAAAGUUGUAACGUUUUCGAAAAAAUUUCGCUUACUGUCAUUUUUAUUCAACUCUAUGACAAAACCCCUUUGAUGCCGGCGUUUACUUCAGAAAAUAAUUUAGGCAAACACAAAUUCGUGAUCGAUGAUGAUCAAUUGAAGCGACCUCGAACAGCAAGCUGAUGUAAAUAUAAAUUGCAUGAUCAAAGGCAAAGCUGAUAAAACAAGUAACAGAUGUUUUCCCUGAUGCUUGCAAAACAUUUCAGUCCUUGGACAAAAUAUCAUUCAGGCUUUAUUUAGUUUAAGUAGCUUUACACUUGUGUUAUUAGGUUUUAUCGAUUAUCAUUGGCUUGAGAUUUACAUUCUUUUAGUUAUCAUUACAGAACCUGUAAUGCAAAACGAUCACAGUAAAUAAUUAAGGCAGACGCUAGGAAAGCUGAAAUUUGUUCAGAGAACUCCCAGCCCAACCUAAGCUCUGCGAUCCAAAGUUCCUAUGAAGAUCAUCAGAUAUAUAGAAAACAAAACAUUUACGGUCGCGAUCUCAGUGUAUUAAAAAAGCUGAGAAUUUAAAAUGCAAGAAGCUUCGACCCAUUUUAUCUUUAAUAUGCUUACUACUUAUUAUAUGUACGUACUUUAUAUUCUCUGGUCAGGCCUUUUAGUUUAAAAUAUGAACUCAACAAUUUCUAAAUUAUUUUUUGUUUAAAGUCACUUAGCCUUACCCUCAAAAGUUAUAUGAAUCUGCCGGCCCUAAAGUUAACUGAUGUGUGGAUUACAAGUUAUUUGUUUGAUUGAAACUUUAUAUUAAAAUUAACCGGUCGAACUUCCCUUUUAGCCCUGGCUAAAUUUAUAUAUCAUUGUUUUACUUUCGCAUUUCAAAUUGGUCCCCUUGAUGAUCUUGAGUUAUCAAAUUUUCCCCAUAUUUCUUUCUUAAAAAUACUCAUUACUGUAUCAAGAUUGACCACCAAAAUUUAUUCAUGUAAAACCACUUUAGCUGCAUGUUAAAAUAUAAUUUCUGCAAAACUGUGUUACUCACUUCAAAACUUACUCUCCUCCCUCUUUGUAUCUUUUUACUCUAAAAUAAUUUUCCCUUUUUGCACCCUCUUGCUUUCUCGCCAACUUCUCUAUGUGUGCUUGCCAUAAAAGUUGAAAACCUAGUAAUGUUGAUGAGGCAAAGUUUAAGCACUGAUGCAUUCCUCUUUCUUGCCCCAGAGCCUCCCAAAAGAGCUUUGCUUGCGAACUACUCACAAUAACUUGGAUUUUUAUUGCUGGACUAUUUUUGCUUUGACAAAGGUCUAGUCAGGCUUAGUUCAGCAGCUGUUGAAUCUCCUUUACAGUGGCAAAUUAAUUUUAGUUCUGGGUGAGGGUUCCUGUUCCUAGCAAAUAGCCUAGUCUCUGGCUUUAGAUUUGUUUUGGUCUGAGUCAGCCGGAUCCCUUCAUUCUAAUCCAGAUAAUUUUCUUCAAGCUUAUUCAAUGACUUGGUGGCAGAGAUAGACCAGACGAGACCAGACCACACCGGGGACUACAUCCCAGGCCUUCUCUUAACAAUUAAACAGUGUGUGUGGGUUCAAUAACAUUCCAUUAUCGAGUGAGGGUUGUGAGAUGGAUGGAAAUUACCAAUAACUGUCCUAAACUGUCCACUGAUGCUAGAAACACCUGACCUUGAUUGUUUUGAACAGUGUCAUUAUUGGUCAACAUAAUAUUAAAGUGGCCUGUCUCUGAGCAGAAUUAAGGUACAAUCUUAUUGAGCCUUAAACUGUUGGAGAGCACCUUUUAAAUGUAAGUACCUACGAUAUGGUUAGCCCAGCAUGCAAAGAAAGUAGUGUCCGAUAGCCCGGGGCUAGUGGAUUUUGCUAAAAUGAUUAAAAUGUUAAUAUGUUUAGGUUGAAUGCAAUGAUGAAGGAGAAGCCAAUAAAGCUUUCAAAGAGGUAAGGGAAAUUCAUGAACCAAUGAUUGUUUGAUUUUAUUCAGACAGAAAACUAGAAAGCUGAAAGGAGAAACAUGAAAAAUUUUUUAAAGUAGAUGGCAACACUUGUCUAGGUACAUGUAGUCAUGAGAGUGGGAUGGUCCCACUUCCAUUGGGAAAGUCUAAGGGCCUCCUGUUAUGGGAAAAUUUAAAUAUUUUGUACCCCCUAAAAAGUGCAUCAGUUUAUUUUGACUGACCAGAAAAAAAAUUAAUAUUUAGCCAGGAGGAUGUUGCCGUUAGCUAUAGAUACAUUAUUGCACUGUAUAUGUUUUAUAGGAAAAAGUAAGCUUCCAGGGGUUAUGCUAGAGCACUACCCUAGCCUGAUUUUUAAAAUGAUCAUAUUAUUACUGUAACAAUAUCUGAAUAACUACAUGUACAAUAUUAUUAUAAUAGAAAGUAGUUCAAUGAAAGCAGUGUUAAUUACUAAAGAGACCUUUAGAUUCAACGACGAGGACAACUAUGUGUGCAAAAUUUUCUCUGUACUAAGUAGUGCUCAUGCUUUGGUGGAAACAAGUUGUCAAAUGUUAGAGAUUUUUUAAUUUUGUGAUCAGUAGUGGGCUUAACCUCCUUCAACAGAGUUGAGAGUGCUGACGUUUCUGGUGAAAUUAAGUACAGUGAAGCAUUCUGGGGUCCCGGGGUGUCUAUUUUUUGACAUUAUGCAGAAAAACUUUUAAUCAAAUCUCGUACUUGUAGUUGUUCUAAUCCUCAGGGUUGUCACUAAGAUUUCAAGUUGCCGGGUAAAUACAACAAGUAGGCGGGGAAUCAAACGGCUGGGGAUUUCUUUUGGUUCUAUUUUUCUUCUAUUUUCCAAUAAAAGUAGCCAGGGGCCACUCUCUUAGUAGCCGGGGAAAAUCCCCAGCUCCCGGCUCUUAAUGACAACCCUGAAUCCUCAAAUCUAAUGGUCUCUAUUAUCUCUUACAUGUAUACCACUCUCAUCAAUUCUGUUUUGUAGGCCGUCGCUUUACAAGAACUUCAGCAUCAAGACAAACAUCGUUGUAUUUGUGGAUAUAAAGAAUUUUUUGUAACCUGGGAUAAGGAGGUUCGUGUCUGCUUUAAAGAUCCAUAAUAUCAUGAUUAGGCCUAGUCCUGGUUAUAUUAUUUAAUUCUUUUGUCAGUUAAAUACCAAAAGAUCAGAUAAUUCCCAACCAUUCCAAAUUUCCAGAUAUUGGUGAGGAAUGGUAUGGUAAAGUUAUAUACUGUUAAGAUUUGUGAACAUCUGGUUUGGCCAAACUAGAGACUUCUGUGUCUUAGAUUAAGAACUCUAGUUAAAUAUCUCAGAUUAGAAACUUAAAAGACAUUUACUGACUGAUUGCCUGAGUUGUUUUACCUGUCUUGGAAGCACUGAUGGCCAAGUGGUUUGGGGUGCCCUAUUUCAUCAUGGCCCCCUUAGGUUUAUUGUUUGCCUUGGCCUUUAAAACAAAAAUUAGUAAUGGUAACAGGACUGAGUGGAGUCCAAUUUGGUCUGUAAUCAUACGAGUGAUAAACAAAAUCAGACGACUGCGUAGUGGGAGUCCGAUUUGUUUAAUCACGAGUAUGAUUACAGAUCGAAUUGGACGACACAAAGUUCUGUUACCAAUUAAUCAUAACUUUAACGAAAUUUGUGAUAUAUGAGGCUCUUUUUUUAAUCAUAAGACGAAAAAUUCCGAGAUUGUUUUUGCUAGCAGUGAAAAAAAAAGCCAUUUAAGCGUGCGCGUGAUUGUGCGUACUGUCCAAUUACUCAGGCAUGAUGCGUACUGUCCUAUUUAACUGUCCUAUUAAGGCUGAAAUCAGGGCAGUUAAUAGCCAAUCAGAUUUAAGAAUUUUGUUAUAGUUAUGACUAAUACUUAAAUAUGAGGGGACUGUCUAAAAUAGUUUCUGGUGGAAUAUUGAUGACAGUUUCAUAUUUUUAGGAGUGUGCCAUGUUUGUGUGCAUUGUAAUGGAUUAUUAUAAGCUAGGUGAGUCAAGUUGUAUUCAAAAUUAAUAUUUUAAAUUUAAUAAACUGUUUUUAUCAUAUAAUAAAUUCUGUGAUUAAAAUAUUCAUAAAAAUUUUAUGGUAAAUCUGUCAUUUGUUUUUCAUUUAUUAAUUUGGAGGACUGUUUAAUAAGCAACUUUCACUUAUUUUACAAAUACAACUAGACUGUUAAACUUUUCCUUGGUUGAUUCUUGGCCGAGGGGUAAAGGCACUUUAAAGUUAGGAGAUGGACUCAAUGUGUGUGAGAACAAGGAGUCAUUGCCCUAACUUAUGACUGACUCAAAGUCUCGAGUUAGACUCAGUCAUACAGUGCAGGGUUCAUGAUUAUUCUUUAUUAUUUUCAACAUUUUAGGUGACCUGGACAAGGCUCUAAAGCAGAAAAGAGCAAAAGGCGAAGCCAUUCCUGAGCUUGUAAGAAACGUUUUUUACCAUACAUGUAAUUCGUGUUGAAUAAUGAUUUUCAUAAUACUGUGACCUAUUUCCUCAAAUAAGAGCUAACUCUCUGACAUAAACCAUCCCUAGAAUUAUAAGCUCCCAUCUACAUUUACCUGUUAACUAUCCUCACCCCUUAGGGUAACAUCUACAUAAUUAUAUGGAUUAAAAUCAUUGAUCUCAUACCAGGCCAUGCCUUUGUAUAAAUUUCUUGCUCCUUGUAGAAAAGUUUGAGGUAUUACAGCCUUUACUGACAGUUUUUGGUAAAUAUCUUUAUAAAUUAAAAUAAACUCUAACUAAUGCAAGAAGAGAAGAGUCUGGACGUGAAACAUUCACACUUGUCAGUUUUGGGGGAAAUCCACUGAGACUGAGAACCUGUGAAAAUCUCGGAAAAUAUGGAACUUCCUGAGAACUGUUGGGCUUCUCAUUGAAGAAUCCUGGCACUCUAAGGAGAGAAAUCUUGUGCCUUAGACUAAAAAAAGGUUGGCAAGCGCACCAAACUUCUUGAUUCAAACUAGCAGAUAGGUGGGGUUUGCUGAUGUUAUUGCCAAGUUAGUCACAGAAAACCAAAUUAAUUUACAUCUACCUUACUUUUUUAGAUAUUCGUUAUGACAAUAAUUGUCAAUAAUUAAUUGUAGUUGAAUGAAAAAUAUGUUGGACAUGCACAAUGUAGUCAGGGUGAAAUUGCUUUGAAUGGACAAUAUUCUUUCCUUAUUUGACAGGUUUUAAAAAAGUGGUUUGGACAGAUGGUUGAUGCACUAGCAUUUGUUCACAGCAAAAGUAUGAUACACAGGUAGAUAAGUAUGCAUGUCUUUGUUUAUACUUUUCAGACAAUUAAGUGCCUAAUUAUCAUUUACAGAUAAUUUAUAUUAGUCUGACAAAUAAAACAUUCAUUCUAAAGCAUCAAUGAUUAUUGAUUAUCACUGCAUUUCUUUAAUUGCUUGUAAAUUCAGGAACUGGAUGAUAGAAAUCCUAAUUAUAAUUUUUCCUUUUUGUGUUUGCUGAAACUUUGACAGAGAUCUCAAACCAAGUAACAUUUUUCUUGCUGAAGAUGGGAGUAUUUCAGUUGGUAGGUCGGUCAUUUUGAAUCCAAGAAACUUGAAAUUUGCAAGAAAGAAUCCCAGGUUAUUAAAAUAUUUUUGAUCAUACUGUAAUUUGAUGUCAACAGGUGAUUUUGGUGUUUCCACCAUCAUGGAUGAUGCAAGAACUCGCACAAGAACAACAGUAGGUGGGUUUCUUUUAGAUUUUCUAAACCUGCAUGUUAGUAAUGUAUGCAGUGGUGCAUUUAGGGGAGCUGCCCCUCAUACCUGAUACCUAUCUACUUUCAAAAUAUGGCCUUCACAGUGCAUUCCCACCCUUCCUUUGAUGGCUGCUAUAAUCUUCACCUCAUUCCAUGAUUUCUGGCCCGCCUUUUCUCUUUCUUUUUCAAUCAUGUGCCUUGCCCCUUAUACUCAUCUAAAAAGGAUUCCCACAGGGUUAAGUUGCCAAGAAAAUGAUUAUUUCAUGGGUGUCCCCUUAUCUGAGUGGCCUUCCCUAACCAUGAGGGUAGUAUCUGUCACUGCAUUGCCUUGUUACAGGAAAUCCUAGUCACACUCCUAAGGUUAAAAGUCUCAUGCUUUUGUCCCUCAGAUUGUCACUGACUGAGCUCCUAGAGAAGUUGCUCUUUUGAUACAAUGCAGUGUAUUGAACACUUUGGCCUUGUAACCCAGUCACUAAUAACAAUUCUGUUGAUAAAUAAUAAUAUUAUUGCAUGAUUGUUUUUUUUUAAAUUGAUUUUUUUGUUGUUAGGUACUAUGAACUGGAUGGCACCAGAGGUUUUAGAAAGGCCGUAUCCUUUAGUUGUAAAUUAACAGUGAAUUAAAACAUUUUGCUGCUUCUAGGAUGCUAUUUACUAUUACAAAACUUUCAUCCCUUUCGACGCAUUCAGAUAGUGGAGCACGGUUGAGAAAACAUGAUACAGCAAGUAAAAAAAAAGAAGGGAAACUGGAGAGAGCAGUAGAAGAAUGCUAUUUCUUUUACCUGUGCUCCACUAUCUGAGCGCCUCGAACACACUACAGGAAAUUCUGUUGCUAAGACUGGCUUUACUUGAAAAUUUGCAAAUUUUAUUGUAUAACAUAUACAAUAUUGAAGUAGUUAUUCAAUAAAUUUUUACUUAUUAUUUUACUGGACAACAAACCAAGUAUUUAAUGCAUUCACCCUCAACUGCCAGCAACUGGCCAUAUGAAACCAUGUGACUUGUGAUGUCAUCAAUUGCAACGGUUGUAAACCACUUGAACACUUAACUUGUGCAGGGGGGAGGGGACCUUUCAAACCCAACCCAAAUGAGCUCGAUUCAGUCCAUCAGGCAACAGAAAAUUGCCAAAUAAAUCAUGAAGCUUUGACUAGAAAUUUCAAUAAAAAUCACCUGUACUUAACUUUACGAUUUUACGAUCCUCUGGGUUUUCGUUAGUCUGCUACACAGCCGUUUUUAGUGUCAUCACGCAAUGCUCUAGUGGGGAGGAGCAUUGCGUGAUGACUCUAAAAAUGACUGUGUAGCAGACUAGGUUUUUGUGAAACGAAGCGUAGUAAUGUGCCAAGCAAAAGAAAACAAGGAGGAGCAUGCGAGAAGAGAGGGCGAAAGAUAAAAGUCUAGGGGUUAAUAGUGCCACUUUUUUGUCCACAUUUUGCCUUCUGCGCAUACCUGGACUUGGAAAGCUUUUAUCUGGCACAUGAAACUAGCCAGUGUAAUGCCAGUGAACAUUGAGUUGGUUCGUUGGGGCACAGCUAGUGACCAGAAAACGUCUCAAUUAUCUUCAAACAACGCUUUUUGGCAAGAUGUUCGGGGCAAAUGGAUAAGUAAUUCAUGUCCGGGUGUUGAACAUGUGUAUAUGUACGUGUUGUAUUCGUAUUUUACUGACCAGUCAGACACCCACAAAUGCUUUUCACUGAUUCUAGUGUAGUUAGGUCAAGAUAUGAAUUUUUUUUUUCCUGAACUAAGGUAAGUGAUUUUGAAAAUGCCUCUUUAUAGAUAUGGAAAGCUUUAUCCAAUUUUCACACUUUUGACAAUAUUUUUAUUUGAUUUGUACAUGGAUUUUGAAUAUGUGGUAGUCACUGGGUAGUAUAAAGUUUCAGUGAUUUUUUGUGUGGCCAUUUGAAAAGUUGAUAUUAUUUCCACCUUAAAACGUGCAAUUAUCCUUAACGUUCUUAAGGUAUGAUGAACGGAGCGAUGUCUGGUCAUUAGGGUGUAUACUUCUUGAAUUGGCCACUUGUGGAUUCUUAGAUGUGAGUUUAAUAGCUCGCAUAGCUGGCGGUUUGUUUGGCGAGAGGGUGAAAAACUGCGAAACUGCCGCAAUAAAAAAACCUGAACGGUUUCUUGUUGUUUCCGCCCAAUUUUCCGCGCGGCUUCGCCGCUUAUUUGCGCGCUCGACAAACAACACCUCCAGCUAUGCAGGCUAUGAGUCGUAGUAAGGUUCACUGUGUACUACCGCCUGGAUGGCAGUUUUCCUAUUUUUGUCUUACGAUAGAUCACGAAGCAGAAGCUGAAGAAGACGAAAAAUGUCUUUGGAUAGUUCUUCCUCUGAAACGCUCAUUCUGAAUUUAACAUACACUGCAUGUAGCUUUGCCGUUUUGAGUAGGCCUUGCAGAAAACAGUUAGCCGCUGCCAUGACUGACAAUCCCCCUAACCCAGCCAUGAGCCUCGAACAAAGAUGUUGAGGCACCAGUAACACUGUGUUAACUGGCAGUGGACUAAAAAGGGAAAGGAUUCAUUGGGAAGAGACUAGCAGAGAUCUCCCGCAGAAAAAAAACCGCCGUACACGCACACUGAAAUACUCUUAGCUCGCUAAUGCAUACGUAUUUCCAGCAAUCACUUUUCUCUGCCCAAAGGUGGAUGGAUGAGACAGCCGAAAAUACGCCAUUUGCACGGAAAAUACCCUUCGUGAUUCAGUGAGGAGUUUUCAGAACGUGCGAUAACAUUCUGCUCUCGCUGAUCACUAAAACAUACAGGCUUUUAGUUACAUUACAGUUAACUGAGCGUUUAAAAAUAUAAUGAUCCUUUUACGACGCUAACUUAAGUCUCAUGGUUUUGGAUGUAACUGACUCUAGUAAAAGUGAGCCUUUCUGGUAUUAAGAAACAUUAUCCCUGACGGAUAUUAUCUUAUUAUCUAAGAUAAUUAUAUCAAAAGUGUUAUUUUCUCUAUUUCUUUACGUUUAAAGCAAUCGCAGAUAUCAUCGAAGUUGUUUCAGAUCAAGAGCUCUCCUCAGGAACUGGAGGAAGUACUUAAAGACAUUGGAAAGGUUUGUGUUUGCUCGUCAGCUAGUCCAGUCCCUCAGCCAUGCACUUAUUAGCUCCAUUGGCUGGAUGCGUAACAGACUGCGGGGCGGUGGGCUUUAGUUUAAUUUACGGCCGGAACAAUAUACAGGGUUUUCAAAUGACUAAGUAGAAUGUGCUGUCGUUGCCUCAUGUCUGUAAUGGUUGAACAUGCUAUUCUUCUCGAAUAAGGACGAAAACUCGCAGACGCCGUCUCACACUGAGCACUCACUCACCUCUCUAAUCUGCCUGAGUCUUGUGGGUCCUAAAAGAACCAUUAGGGAGCUUAAGCAACAACGUUUUUGAGCGACGCACGUCAACCGGAAGUGGCCUUUUUUCAUUUUUUGACGGUGGUUUCGCGCAAAUUUUCAAUCAAAUCGCCUCUAUAAAAGUAAAGAAGCUAAGGAAUACAAAUUUUAUAUCAUCAAGGCAUGUUAAGAGGGAAAAUACCUCACUUCCGGUUGACGUGCGUCGCUCAAAAACGUCACUGCUUAAGCUCCCUAUUAGGUGCGUAACAGCCUGCGUAGCAAGCGCUUCCGUUUGGUUUUAAAGCAAAGAAAGACCGAGGGAUAGGAUUUUCGGUUUUGGCCGCGCGCGAAAUAGAACAAGAGCCAAAAAAUGAAAGAGGGAAAGGGGAAGAAAGGAAACAGUGGUUCUUUACCUUUCUUCCCCACCCCCUCCCCGUUCUUUUACUCGCGCCAUUUUUCGCGCGGUCUCGUGCCUCGUUCUUUGCUCCGAAACCGCACGGAAACGCUUUCUACGCAGGCUACAUAGUUUGGUGUGUCAUACUUAUUUUCGGUAGCUGAAAUACUAGUCCCACCCCAAUUCUUUGUAAUAAAAAAAGCUUUUUCACGAGAAAUGUUGCAGUUAAGGUGCUCUCUUUUUUAUUAAUGUCUCUUUCCGUAACAAACAUUAGAACCGGUGAAAAUAUAACUGACGCAUUUUUGCACCGUCAAUUUUCGACUUGUCUGACGACUUUACAUGUAGUGUACUGUUGUAGACUGAAACAGUAUGAAAAUUUAACACGAGUGGCUGGCGUAAGUUUCAGAAAACAGUUCUGCGGAGGAACCUUACCAACUUCAUUCCAAAAUGUGACGUUUGAAGUGCCUCGUACUUGUUUAUUUUACCUAACUUUAGAAUUAUACACUUUUUUUCUCGUAGACAUAUGCAAAAGAUUUGUGCCAAACUAUUCGCCUCAUGCUAAGAAGAAACUUUCAACAACGACCUACAAUGAAGUGAGUAUAAAACUUUUGUUAAGAUGGGAUGAGAAAGCUUUGUGAUGUCGUGCGUGUAUUUUGCAAUUUGUUUCAUAACUAAAUCUUUACCAAAAACGCGCGCUUUAGUGCACUCUCGUUGAUUACUUCGAGGUCACAUAACAGAGGGCCUUAGAUUCUGAGACAAGGACGACUACAAGCUAAGUACGAGAUUGUAGUGCUCUUGCGUGAGCCAACGUCAUUUUGGUGGGAAAACGUGAUGGCCCUCGUCAUUCUAUUACGAGUUUUAGCGAGAAUAUCGUAAUAGCUCUCUAAUAUCUAACAAACUCGUUCCCGUCAAGAGUUUCUGAACGGGUAUCUAUGACGUCAGAGGGCAAUAAUAAACACUUAAUGACUGGUCCCGAGGAAAAAAGUUAAUUUUGUUUCUCGAGAAUCUCAAUGGGCGCUUUCCAUUCAACCAAGACGUCUGGUUUGAAUCUUAGGCAACUUCCAGUAGUGAAAGGAACAGCAUUUUCAGAAAUUCCCAAAAACGAGGACAACCUCGCGAGGUAUACCCAAAUUUUCGGAAAAAUUUUCCCGGAUUUUUUUUCCAUUCAGCUUUGCUCCCGGAAUUUUUAGAAUUUUUCGUUGAAUGGUUCGCAUUUCGGAAAUUAAACAGUUUUCGGAAUUUCUGGGAACUUUUUCGAGAAAAUUUCAGUACCAUUUGCCACUGUUUCAAAAUUUUCGAAAGUUUUGGUUGAAUGGAAAGCGCCCAAUGUUUCCCGAGGCGGAGUUUGCGCACUACUUACUAUUGAGAAAAUCUCGUUCUCGUAGUCAUCCUUGUUUUAGAAUCUAAAGUUCUCAAAUUUUGCCGUCGGAACCAGUCAUUGAGUGCUUCUGAUUUUCACUCACAGAAGUUCUCUUUUGAAGAAGUGCACCUCUCUUGAUGUGUCCCUUGGAAAGCAUCUUUUCUCUACUUCACCAUUUGUUUUUUUCCGUGUGUGGGUUGCGAAUGACCAAAUUUGAUUAACGUGCUUGUUUGUCCAGUUUCCAGUCGAUCACUUAACAAUUUACUUUUUUUCCAGUCCAUGUAAAUUGAAACUGAUCAAAAGUGAUGUAUGGAACAGUGGAAUACUCAGUCGACAUGAAUUUGACGUGAAUGUCAUAUUUUGUAUAUUUUGUGACCUAUUUAGAACUACAGUAGUUAAACUGAAAACUGUGUCGUGCUUUAAAAGUUACAUUAAUUUGUGCGAACCUAGCGCGUGUACUAGGCUGAUAGGAACUUUUCUCUACAUUCAGAGAAUUAGCUGAGUUACCAUACGUGAAGAGCUGUAUUGCACUUGGUGAUAAUAAACCUAACAAUGCCGCUACCAAAGGAAGUUCAGCAUCUCCCAGUAAAGGCGUCAAAGGAGCCAAAAAGGAAAGUAAGUGACUGUGGGUUGUUGAAUAACUAGGCAAUGCAGCUUGAAAAGAUAUUGUAUUACAAACGCUACUAGUAAUAACCAAAGGCUACGGAGUGCGGGCGACAACGAUGGAAGGUUAAAAAGCUUCUUCUCCAACGCUGUGCUUUGCGUAAGUUUCAAGUGACAGAUGGACAGGUCAACGCGUGUUCAGAUUACGAGUGAUCGAAGGUCCAAACGCCCGUGAUCAAAUUGCGUUAUGUACAUUCCCUUCAUUCUUAAUGGAAGCCGAACCGAAUGCUGGCUACAUACAUACAACGCAUGCGUAAUAACAACCUGGAGAUUACGAUUGCGGGCUCCUCUUGUCGCUCGCAAAAAAUUGUAAGAAUACGAAAUGAUUUAAACAAAUGGUGAUAUACUUUACAUAUAGAGGGGAUGUGAUCCAAUUCGGUGAUUGCAAAAACCCUGCUCGGGGUGUCGACUUAGUGUCCGUAGACUUCUAAAUUCGGACUGGACUCGGUAAUACAGGGGUGCGAGAGGAAUUUUUUUUUGAAAGCAUUAGCAUUAAGUAAGAAUUAAGGUUGAUUUCCACUGACGCGUCUUUGGCUACUCAAUCUGCUCGCAUAUUAGAACUUGGCAGCGAGCCAAAUGUAGUGACUCAAGAUAUUUCUGAAGUUCUUAGCCUCAGAUGUAGUCAGUACUACUUUGCUUUCACAUUGAACAAUACAGUCGACUAGUAGCCUGUAGAAGUAAUAACAGUACUUUCUAGUUGAGACUGUAGUUUUUGGCUGGUAGUUGAGUGUUUGGCCUCUCUUCAGUAAAGCUGAAAAAUAUGUAACAGAGUCUUGCCGUUACCUCUGCUAGUUGCAAGCGAGUGUACACAAGCAUUCGAUAUCGCGACAAAUGGAGCUGCACACACAAUUUUCCUUUCUUUUAUCCUCAGCUGUGAAGCCCGUACCUAAAGACAAAGGUGUUUUAAAAGUUCUUGGUAAGCGUUUUAGAUUUUUACUUGUACUGUAAGUAUGUUGUAAAAUCCAGUGCAGGAAUAAUAGACAAAAGAAGGAGUUUGGUACAAACCGGAGCGAGCAAUUCGUAUGAAUCCGUUUCACGGCGUUAAUUUAUUUUUUAGGCUGAUUUUGACGAGUAUCUAGGCCAUCGCAUGAUUUCCUCAAACUACCUAGUAAAAGGCACAGACCAGAAAACGGUAGUUCCUUGCCAUUUUCAUAAUAUACACUUCGAUGUGUUCCCUUAUGCGGAGCGGAAGUUCCCUUUUCGAGGAAGCAAGUACUCUAAAAUGUCUCAGUUGACUGGUUUGUGAAAACGCCGUGGCAUAGGCCUAGUAUGGAAGUCAAAGAGUCUCCAGUAAAAUAAGAUUAUCGAGAAGACCCGGCAUUCUGUGACAUUACAGCUUUAAAGGUAAAAAGUCUUUUGAUUUCAGACGAGGCAAAGAGGGCUAAUUAACAUGAAUGUAAAAGAAAAUUAAUAUUGCUACCAUUUGGAAUAUGCAAGGUGUAUCCUGGUGCCUUCUGGUCUUUUAACGCCUUUGGCCUUGCCACAUAUGGGAACGCUGGCCCUUAUUCUUGAUAACUCAGUUUACUCGCUUUGAAAUUUAAUUAUUGCACUCUAUUUAUCCACUUUGUAUCCUCCGCUCUAGAGUACAUGAAGGAAAACAAAGACAGCGUUGCUUGUCAGGUAAAAAUCUAUUUUGCUUUAAGUGACUAAUUUUCCCUUGGUAUUGUAGUACUGUAAAUUGAGAAGGUAUGAUGAAUACGUCUUGAUCAAAUCCAACUUAACUUUGUUCGUCAGGUUCAAGCACUUAAGUACCUUGAACAGCUCACCAGAAAGCAAGGUAAAUAUUUUGUUAUGAUAGCUUCAUUCUACUUUUUUUUAAAGAAACGUCGGAGCUAUUAAAAAACAGUUUUGAUGAGUAGUAAUUAAGUCGUCUUUCUUGGCUUACUUUUUGAUUUUCUUCAAACUCAGUCAAGGUUUUACUUAUGAAAGAAGGGAAUCGUAAAAGAGAGGAAUAAAAAUACUUACUGAAACAAAGGAUAAAAAUAAUGUGGCGAAGAGCGAUCCAUUGAUUCUGACCACCAAUUUUUGUUGGCCCCCUGACUACACCGUAGUACGUAGUUGUUAUGCAAGAAUAGGGAGCUUAAGCAGCGACGUUUUUGAGCGACGCACGUCAACCGGAAGUGAGGUAUUUUCCCUCUUAACAUGCCUUGAUGAUAUAAAAUUUGUAUUCCUUAGCUUUUUUACUGUUAUAGCGGCGAUUUGACUGAAAAUUUGCGCGAAACCACCGUCAAAAAAUGAAAAAAGGCCACUUCCGGUUGACGUGCGUCGCUCAAAAACGUUGUUGCUUAAGCUCCCUAAUGUAAACUAUCAGUACAUCCCGGUUGAUUCUUUUGAUCCGCUUUUUAUUAACAAAAUGUCAACUGACUGUUUGUUUUAUUUUGUUUUAGAUGUGACAUUAAGAAAAAAAGACAAACUACAGAUUGCAGAGAUGAUGAAGAAGGAGAACAAAAAGCCGGAGCCUUCUAAAGAUGUUCAUUUUCAAGCUCUCAAGAUAUUCAUUAAUCUUUUCCCUAAAGGUACAGUGUAAAACUGUUUCAGAUAUUUGGUAAAUAGUUUUUAAAUGUCCUAUUUUAUAUAUUUUAUAUUGUUGAAAGCUUACGUCUGUUUUUUCUUUAGAAGGCUCCGCCAUAUGUAGGUUUAGUUUGUUGUUGGUUCUCUCCUUUGCUCCAAGAGGUUUUUCUCCGGUUACUCCGGUUUUCUCCUCUCCUCAAAAACCAACAUUUCCAAAUUCCAAUUCGACCAGGAAUCAGAUAGACCAAGAACCACUUUGUGGAUGCGCUACCUCUAAAUCAUUAUUUAUUUAUUUAUUAGGGAAACAUCAUAGGGACAACCUCUAGUUUUCCUUUUCAAGAUGUGUUUAUAAUUUUCAUUUUCCUCAUCUUGAAUAAAUACGUCAUGUUAUGUUAUGUUAUGUUAUGUUAUGUUAAGGGUAUGAAGCAUUUAGAAUGUGUCUGAAUGACAGUUUAGAGGGUUUUGCAAGGAAGAGUUUCCCUAGUAGAUUUUAUUAUUAUUACUAUUAUUUUUAUUAUUUAGUCUGGUAUUGCUUAUAGUUAUGCUUAAUUAAUUUUCCUUUUUAUGCGCUUUAAGCAAGCACGUCAGUUUUUGGAAUUUAUUAAUUUAUUAAGUCACAAUUUGUGAACAAGAAAACAUACACCAACAUAAACUGCGUUCUUUUUAUCUUUGAUGUUUGCCGGCUUUCAUAACCAGUCUUCUCUACUAACUAUGGUAAGAGAGCAAUAUUGGGGCACAAGAAAUUUCGUUUCAAAGAGAUUCACUUAAUUACGGUUCUCUUAUCUAACAUCACUGGUAAUCAUAUCAGACAAUAUAAGCUGGAGCUGGAGCUGGAGCUAUAAGCAUUUACGAUGCUUUUGAUGUUUCUUGUUUAACUUGUUUUUCUACUUUGUUCCCUCCCCCUUAGCUGAUGACAACGAUGUCAUGUUUACAGAGGAGAUAAUCCGCGAAGUUCUAGCUGCCAUGAAAGUAUGUAUACAACGUUUUCGGCAGGGUUCUUUAGACGUUUUUUGAAAACAGAACUAAUGUUACCCGCACUUCCAUAUGUUUAUUUAAGUUGACAGUUAGUGGGCUCGUCUUAAAGACCUGCAUCUUGCUUAAAUGGACGCCAGCUACCGUUCUUUGCUCACUUUCUUUUACUAUGAACUGUAUAAGUUAGACACCUCUUUUUUAUUCUGUAAAUCUCGGAUUGAAUAAUGGAGUCAUGUAACGAACAGGAACCUUAGUGCGCUGGUCCAAAAUGUGUUCAUCUUAGAAUGAGAUGGUUGUAUUAAAUGACACUCUCUUCUGUUCCUCAACAGUCACAUGCAGCCUCUUCAGAACUACAGGCCUGUGGUUGUCAGUUAUUAAUGGCAUUGUCAGCUGAUGGUGAGUAUGCUGGCGCUGAUCGUAAAUUUUCAAGUUAGAAUAGACUGCAAAACCCGGGGGGGCUUCCAUAUGAAAGGGGCGGGGAUGCUAGUGUUGAUAUAUUUGAAAAUGGUAUCCUAGGCCUGGUUCCUCGAAAGAUGGUUAAGUUUAACCCAGGAUUAAGCCAAGUUUUAAGCAAGGUUUUCUUGUCCUAGAGCAUGCAACUCGAGCUUACAAAAUACUGUUGUAACUUUACUCCGAAAAAAAGAAAUGAUAACACAAAAUGUUACUCUAAGCAAUGCAUAGGAAGGUAAAUACAGAAAGUGGAACUAAAUUUUAAUCCUGGAUUAGCGCUAUUCGGCCUUUCAGGAACCGGACACCGAAACGUUCGAUGUUAUCGUAUUACUUGCUCUCGUUGGCAAUCUUAGGCAUUUAAUUUAACUUGUAUUAAAAUUGUAGCACCACUGACUGAUUCUUCGUUACUUUAGAGGCCGCUGGGGACAUAAUCGGUCGCUUUGGUGGAGUUCAAGACUUGUUAGCAGCGUUACGAGCGUUUCCAGAUAACAAAGUCAUUGCAUCGCAUUGCUGCGGUGCGUUGUGGAGUCUGGCUGUUUCUGGUAUGUCUCCUUUAGAAACGUUGAGGUCCUUACGAUAAUAAAAGUAGCCACAACGGCGACGGCCGCAAAAAUCUCAACAAAAAGAUAAAAUUGCCUUCUUUCAACCUUAAUCGCGUUUAUUUAGCCUUGGUCAGUUCUUCAAAUGUUCGAGAAUUUUUCUGGAGUUGAAUUCAGAGUCUUAAGAACUGUAUCUAAGUCAAAAAAGAUAAACGUAAAUUUGUCUCGGUGUCUUCACGCUCUCCAUUAAAGGUCGAAUUAAGAAGUUAAACGUCUUAGUCGUACAGUGAACGUCAAAGAGAUGAGCAGUCAAACCCGGCGUUAAUACAGCCACAAGUGGGGAGCAUAGAGUGUCCGUAUUAAAAGUGGUUCUUGUUAUCCAAGUCAAAAGGCACCUUCUAUUGGAACAAAAUGCAAAAGAAAUUUUUACAUCCUCUUAUCAAGCUUCCAAUUAUUGAAAGAGCAAAAUAAUAACAAUAAUAACUUUAUCCCGAUAUUCUCUGUUCCAAAAAACCUUCAAGAGGGUUCACAAUAGGGUUCUUCAAUCCCUAAAUCCCAACCUAAAAUUUCGUGCAAUCCCGUAAUCCCGAGGAUUAUGUUUGGCAUCCCACCUCUCAAGCAUGCUUUCAAUCCCGAAUCUUGCUCCAAUUUUGCUUUCAAAUCCCGCAUCCCGAGCUUUAAAUCAGUGAAGGAAAUCCCGGUUACCGAAAAAAACCUAUUGGGCACCCUCCUUGAAGUAUGGUUCAUCCCGCCGCAGUUCUGCACUGAUUUUGACGGCUGAACUGAUUCCCUUGUCUAGAGGCAAACUGUAAGAUUGUGACAGAAGAGCGUGGGCUGGAAGAUAUCUGUCUUGCUAUGGGAAGACACAACUCUGAUGUGGAGCUGGUGGAGGGAGCCUGUUCCGCCCUGUGGUCUCUUUCUAUGGAAGGUAAGACGGUCUAACUUAACCUGAAGUUAAUUAUUCACAAAUACCGGCAGGACGGUGGUGAAAUUUGAAAGUUUAGCAGCAACAAUAACGUUUUUUGUGCCCAGAGUUGUCAAUAACUUGAUAUAAUACUCAAAUUAAAAAUACUUAGAGUAGCUGGUCUGUCAAAGUAACUGUAAAGCUAAACUAGAUGGGUGACCACAAGUGACUAAAUGCUGUUUGAAAACCACGAACAUAAAUGCACUUCUUACUUCUUUCCCGCUGUGAGACUGCUAAACGUAACUUAACUUUUUAAUUUACACACUUGGAUUAAUGGUAGAUUUUACAGAACAAACACAUUGAUAAUAUACACUCAAGGCUGCUGCCUAAGAAAAUUUUUUGGGAACCCUUCGGGCUCCUAAAAUAAAAAGCUAAGAGCCCGAGCCACAUUCCUAGGAGCCAAUUAAUCGAAAAUCUUGCUACAUGUAUAAAAUAACGUAGUAAAUUACAGAAAGGAAAUGGCAAAAUGAAUCAAUUAUUAUUAGAAGUUGGUAGAAAUUAAUAGAAUAUGAAUUACGUGGAUAGAAUCUUAAAUCUGUUAUCGCAACACCAAAAAAGCGACACAUUGUUGGUAUCUGCGUUUGACAUCGAAGAACCGCUUACCGCGUUUUGUUGUGUCGCUGAAAUUCGUGUUUGAGACCGACCCUGUAGAAAUGCGUGUCCAGUGCUUUUACUCAGUGAUCAUGGCGAACUAGAAACUGGACUCAACUAGUUUACUCAUAUCCUGGUCUCUUCUUUUCAGAGGACAAUCUGGAACCGAUGGAGGAUCUCAAUGUUAUAGAUCUACUCGUCGAUGCCAUCAAAAUGCACAAAAAGGUCAGUAAACACAGCUAAAAUUUACUGUGCCAAAUAGUUAUGCUUGUGUAUUUUACAUUGCUUUUAAAAUAUUCCUUUAAGGGCUUUGACGGUGCCAAAUGCCCCAGUGACGUCCCUUGUCGGUAGACAGGGUUGUUUGAUCUUUUGGUUUUAUUCCAGAUUUCAACUUCUGGGUCUCUUGGUCACUGGAUCCCCAGAAUAUUCGGGACCAGCUUGAAGGUGGUCCACUUUGACCGGUCUCGUCAUUUCGGUCGGUCGGACCGAAAUGUCCCUUCCCAUUUGACAAAAUUGUUGUCCCUAGUACCGCUCUUUUGCAUCCUGCUUACAAGAACAAUAACCAAACGCGCGGUAGCUUGGGACGGGUCUGUGCAACCGGAAUGUACCGUUCCAUUGGGCUUUGGCAGGUGGAAUUGCCGAAAUUUCAAACCGGAAUUUUUGUUGGAUGAAAAGGGCCCUAGGUCUCCGAAUCUCUUGUUCUCUGGAUUUGUAAGUUUUCGGGUUUCUGGGUUUUGGGUGGAGAAAGCUAUUGUCUACUAAAGCGUUAUUUUCUAUGCUUUAAUAGGAGGCAAAGGUCAUAAAGAAUGCUUGCAUGGCCUUGGCAAGUAUUGUAGAGGCUCGAGGUGAGGAUUAAGUAAUUAUUAUCAUAGGAAGAGUUUUAGACCCUGUCCUCUAAAUUACUGACCGCAGCUCGAAAUUCUUGUUACUUUAAAAGUUCCUUUGAGAUAAUGCUUUGCUUUGUUUACAAAUUUCCUUUUACUUCUUCAGAGGUGUGCGCCUACCAGCUACUCAAGGCCGAGGGAGUAGAGAGCAUCAUCACUGCCUACAAGUAAGUCAGUGCUCUCUGUCUGUUAAGUUGUUUUAUGCCUAUAUAGUGCAUCCUUCAAUAAAGGACUUUAUGCAGCUAUCUUCGUUGCAGCGUGGUCUUUUCCGAAAUAGGAUUACUCGUAACCUGCGAAAACAGCCGUCUCUCCUCAGUCGCUCGUCGCUGCCAUGGACGUUUCGCCAGCGUUUCGUCCCUAGCGGUGAGGAACCUGCCUCGUACCCAGACGCCUCUUUCUCGAUGAAAAUGUGCGCGCAAAGGAAGGCGGGAAGGAGACAACAGGCUUCGCCUGCUGUCUGUAUCCUUCCCAUGGUCCCUUGCGGUUCAUCACCAGUCACUCGCGUUUUGCGCUCGCCUCUACCACAAGAAAAACGAAGCGCCUGAGGAGGAGGCUGGGAAGGAACGAUGAGAGACGGUUGUUUUGCAAGCUAAGCGUUGCUAGUGAUGAGGAGCGAGGAGAGAGGGCUCUUUUCGCAGGUUAGAUAACGCGCUAAAACUCGCCAAUUCCAAGCUACAGACGAGCUUCGUGACAGCAGCGAAAUUCAUGCUUUUGUUCACGGGAAUGCCGUAGCUUCAGAAAACGCAAUUAUUUCCAAUUUUUGCGUCCUAAAUAUCUAUCUAACCGCCUCACUUCUUUCUUAUUGUUUAAUAAGUACCGGUAACAUCAAAGAAAACGACGAAGUUGUUGAAAACAUUUGCAUCCUCUUCUCUGAGCUUGUAGACUACGGUAAGUUAAUAUACGUGUGUGCUGUGUUUUUAAUUUCCAUGUAAAUUAAAUUGGGGAAAGGUUUGUUGCCUCAAUUGACAUCGCAAGAUACAGACUGUCUUCAUUUCCCGGCAGUGAGGAACACAUUUUGCACUGUUGACGUUUUGAAAGUUGGAAAGUUUAAAUCCUCAUAAAUUAUUGUCUCAAAUUUUGUUUUAGCUAUGACUGAUUGGAUAACAGUACUUCGUGUCGUCCAGUUUUAUCUGCAGUCAUAAACGCGAUUAAACAAAUGGGAUUCCCCCGAUUUUGUUUAACUACUCCUAUAAUAAUUACAGACAGAACUGUUCUCCACUCAGUCAGUAGAUUACCUUUAUUUAUCACUCACAGCACAAGUACUAAUACUUUUUGUUUCCUUUUACUAGAGGACAUCAAAGAGGAAAUGAAACUUAACAAAAACAUCACUAGCUUGCUCUCGGAAGCCAAGACAAAGUUCUCGGAUGAUGAGCACGAGGUAAAACUGUACUUUCCUGAGUGUUUUCCUUGUCUUUUGUCGUUCAUUACUUUUGUAAGUUCUCAAACCAAGAAUAGAGACUUAAGAUUAAAGGACAAGAACGAGGUUUGA